UCAAUAAUCCAUCAUGGAUUAUUCGAAAUUAGUAAUUAUAUUCGCAGUUUUGUAUUCAGUUUCUGGUAAAGAAUACGAGUAUCAGCAAUCUGGUAGAACUUUCCGGUCAUGGUCCGAUAUAAGUAGUGGUGUAUCAAGCCUGGCAAGUUUUAUAUGGGGCGUCGAGUAUAUUUUAAACGGUAAAGGGGCAGAUGGAGAUGUGACGGCACAGGACGCCUAUUUAACUAUCACGGAACUCGCGAGAAAAUAUGGUUAUAACAUGGAAGAGCACAAGGUUAUGACCGAAGAUGGUUACAUUCUGACCGUACAUAGAUUGCAAGGAAGAAAUGCUACUCUCAAUGGGAAGGUAGUUUUUUUAAUGCACGGAAUUAUUGAGUCUUCAGACAGUUGGGAUCUUCAAGGGCCUGGUAAAGCAUUGGGAUACAUUUUAGCAGACAACGGUUAUGAUGUCUGGAUGGGAAACGCAAGAGGAAACAAGCACGCUAUGUCCCAUAAAGAGCUAGAUGCGAAAAACAGUGAUUUCUGGGAAUUUACUUGGGAAGAAAUCGGAUUAUACGAUCUCCCUGCCAUGAUAGAUCAUGUUCUAAAUAUGACUGGCAAAGAAAGAUUAUACUACGUCGGACAUUCGCAAGGGCAUAUGCCUACGGGAGCGUCUGCGGCUCAAUUCGUGCAUUUUGGGCAGUUGGUGAACUCAGGAAGAUUCUCAAGGUUUGAUUUCGGUGAAGAUAUCAACAUGGUGGAAUAUGGACUGCCUUCACCGCCUGAUUACGAUGUGACGAAGAUAACAGUUCCUGUAGAAAUGUUCUACAGUGACAACGACAUGUUAUCGGCUGAGGCGGACGUGGAUAUACUGAAAGGAAAGCUGCCUUAUGUGAUCGGAUAUAAUUUCUUGGAGGGCUUCACCCAUUUGGACUUUUUAUAUGCGUAUAACGCUAAGGAUAAAAUUUAUGACAAGAUAUUGCGUAGGAUAAAUGAGAAUUAAAGUUUGGGCUGCGGCAAGUAUUAUAUAGUAGAAGGUUUUCUAUUUGUAUUAACUAAAAUAUAACAUUUUUCUAACUCAAUUACACCAUUUAAAUAAACGGUAUUUUUAACUUACGAAAUCGUUUUAAUACGUUAAUCAAUACCAGACCUAUUAAAUUAGGAUUAGGAUUAUUGUUCUUUCUUGGUCUAUAUUAGCGUUUUAUGAGUUAAAUAUGUGAUAAACUGAAAUAGAUAUCACACACUAAAUAAAAAGUGACCAAGACCACUGGUGGCCGAGGCGGAAAUCGAACCCGCGUCUUCAGCUUACGCAGCUAACGUCCUGACCCCACUCACUCACUUGGUCACUUUUCCU